CCCCCUAUCUUCAGUUUAUUUAAAUGUUGUUUGGUCAGUUACCAUCAGUAGAAGAUUAGGCAUAGAGCAGUAAUCUCCUCCUAUAAUAAGCCCAGUUAACAAACAAGAGUAGUAAUGAAGACUAUAAUCUUUGCUCUGGUGAUGAGUUUGAUGAAGUGCUCUGAGAGCAUGCAGUUGCCUAAUUGCUCUGGAGGGAGCCCAGCAUCCUGCACAUGUGGAGAUGGUUCAGAACUUGACCUCCGCAUGUUUCCACCUUGCGAUAUUUCAAAGGGAAAACCCAACUGCGUGUGCCCUCCUGGUGAAGAGCUUGAAGGAGCAAGCCGGCCUAAACCAGUCAAACCAUGUGCUCAGGGCAGACCAACAUGUCCGGACGGAACAGCUGUUCCAUGGCAGCUGACAUGCGAGGAUGGAAGCUCACCAGUUGCAAGCCCUGGAUCUCCUCCAUCUUGCAAUAGUGGUUCCUUAUUGUGUCAGAAUGGAGACCCUGUUCUUUGUCCAGAUGGAUCACCCAUUUUUUCGGGAUAAAAUAACUCUCUAAUUGGGCAAAGUUUCAAAUAAAUUAAAAAAACCUAAA